CUUAAGUAAAACAUUGACUUAAGAUAACUCCAAGCUGUAAAAUGAGGUGAUAGGUCUGUUCAAGUCAGGAGAUCUCAAAUGUAAUACUUGAUCGACAGUCCAAGAAUAAAAAGGGAGGAUUAAAUUAUGUUGUUAAGGUUUAAAGAAAAGAAAUUGUGGAUUGAAAGUAUGUAAUCUACAUUCUAUGUAAAAAGGGGAAUAUCACAUAUAAAAGAAGAAAUCCUUAUAACAGCAAUACGAUGCUCGGAAAGAAGAAACUGUUAAAAGAUUAGACACCUAAAAAAGGCGAUGUAGUUUAAUAGUUUAAGACUCAAAUGGUAAUGGAGCAAACAAUCAACAACAACAACAGAAGUAACAUUGUUCAUCAUUUUAGAAAAUAGGACGACAAAGAUUAAAAGAGUGAGUUGUCAAAUGGAUUAUCCGAUGCUAUUGUUAAAGAUAAACCUAAUGUUAAAAGGACUGAUAUUGCAGGCUUAGAAGCUGUUAAUACAAAUUCUGUAAUAGAGAUUAGUUAAACGGAUUAUCAAUCAAUAUUUAAUUACCCUAAAUUGAGGAUACUCUUUUUUGAUGCUCUAAUUACUGUGUUUUUUUUUCAUAUAUUUGUGAGUUAUAUAUAUACAUUCUGUUUUCAAUAAAUUUACCAAUUAAAUUGA